ACCACCACCCAGCUACGCACUCUCGAUCAGGGACGAGGACAAGAACGGCAACGCGGAGAGCAAGUGCGACUUCCUAAUGCUCUAGAAAUGUCAAUCCUGGAAUUGGGUCAUUUCCCAUUGUUAAUUUACGAGGAAAAAUGCUAGAGUUUAGGUACAGGGUGUUUUGUCGUGUCACAAAAGAAAAUCUGCUGAGUGCAAACUGUAGGGUCAUCAGUGUUAGACUUCCAGUGUUGCCCAUUGUGAAUUUACCAGGAAAAGUGUUAGAUUUUGGUUAUAGGGGGUUUGCUAGUGUGACAGGCGGUGGCAUAGAUUCUGAUGCCGAAAAUGAGAGUGGGGAUGAUGAUAAUGGUGAUGGUGAUUGUACCGAAGGAGUUGGGGCUAAGUCGAAUGUGGACCCGAAUGAGGUCAGUAGGGUAUGCAAAGUGAUCGAUGAAUUGUUUGCACUGGAUAGGAACAUGGAGACGGUUCUAGAUGAAUGUGGGAUUGAUUUGUCUCAUGAUUUGGUUGUGGAUGUGUUGCAACGGUUCAAACAUGCUCGAAAACCGGCAUUUCGGUUUUUCUGUUGGGUGGGACAGAAGCCGGGGUUUGCCCAUGAUUCAAGGACGUAUAAUGUGAUGAUGAAUGUAUUAGGGAAGACGAGGCAGUUUGAGACCAUGGUGUCAAUGCUUGAAGAGAUGGGUGAGAAAGGGCUUUUGACAAUUGAGACUUUUAUGAUUGCAAUUAAAGCUUUUGCCGCUGCAAAGGAAAGGAAGAAAGCUGUUGGAACUUUUGAGCUGAUGAAGAAGUAUAAAUUUAAAGUCGGUGCCGAUACAAUUAAUUGCUUGCUUGAUACUCUUGGGAGGGCAAAGCUUGGUAAAGAAGCGCAGACACUUUUUGAGAAGUUGAAAGGUAGGUUUACACAUAAUUUGCAAACUUAUACAGUACUGCUUAAUGGUUGGUGCAGAGUAAAGAAUUUGAUGGAAGCAGGCAGGGUGUGGAAUGAGAUGAUUGAAAAGGGAUUUAAGCCUGAUAUAGUUGCACACAAUAUUAUGCUUGAAGGGUUGUUGAGGUGUAAGAAGAGGUCUGACGCCAUCAAGUUGUUUGAAGUCAUGAAGGACAAGGGUCCAUCCGCCGAUGCUAGGAGCUAUACCAUUUUGAUUCGGGAUUUAUGCAAGCAAACAAAGAUGGGAGAAGCGGUUGAAUAUUUUAAUGAAAUGAUUGAAUCUGGAUGCCAGCCAGAUGCUGUGGUUUACACAUGUUUGAUCACGGGAUUUGGGAACCAGAAGAAUAUGGACAUGGUAUUUGGAUUGCUGAAGGAGAUGAAAGAAAAGAGUUGCCCUCCUGAUGGACGCACAUACAAUGCGUUGAUUAAAUUGAUGACGAAUCGACGAAUGCCAGAUGAUGCGGUGAGGAUAUAUAAGAAGAUGAUUGAGAGUGGCAUUGAGCCAUCAAUCCACACUUAUAACAUGAUAAUGAAAUCCUACUUUCAAACAAGAAACUACGAAAUGGGUCAUGCAGUUUGGGAUGAGAUGACCCAGAAGGGGUGCUGCCCAGACGAUAAUUCCUAUACGGUGUUCAUUAGAGGGCUCAUAAGUCAGGGAAGAUCGGGAGACGCUUGUAAAUAUUUGGAGGAAAUGAUAGAGAAAGGAAUGAAAGCACCUCAGCUUGAUUACAACAGGUUUGCAGCUGAUUUCUCAAGAGCUGGGAAACCAGACAUACUCGAGGACUUGGCUCGGAAGAUGAAGUUUGCUGGUAAGUUUGAAGAAUCCAAUGUCUUUGCCAGGUGGGCUGACAUGAUGAAGCAAAGGGUUAAGAGAAGAGAUCCUAUUAAAGCUAGUGAGCAGUACACUUGAGUUACUUGCUCAGGGCCAAUGAUUCUGCAAUCGUCUUGACUAAAAUCCACACUUGACUGCCCAACUUUUGGUAUGAUCUGUAGUUUAUUUUUUGGGACUGGGCUUACUGGAGCAGUGUUGUAUAUUUUUGUUAGUUGUUACAUUUUUGUAUUUGUAAGUGUUUUUAUGUUCAAUUUUUUUAAUGACAUCCUCUUGGUUAAUUUGGAUUUCCUAUUACUAAUACUAUCUUCAAAACCUUA